CCAAGGUCGGUGCUAUUUAAAGUUGCAUUCAACUUCAUUUUUUCAAACUUCAACCAUAAACCAGAGAGAGAGAGAGAGAGAGUAAAAGAGGUUAGAAAAUGGAGAAGUUGUUAAGAAUACUAGAGGAAAUGUUGAAGAAACGCAAGAAUAGCAAUGUCAAAAAACAUCUUCCAGAUGAAAUCAUAGCUCAGCAAAUCCUUCCACGCCUUCCCAUCAAAUCUUUAAUCCGAUGUAAGCUAGUUUCAAAGCAAUGGGGUCGUAACGUCAAUUUCAUCCUUGAUCAUAUCAUAUCUCUUGAGUCCGUCUUUAUUCAAUCUCAUCAUGAUUUUUAUCUUUACUUUAGUAUUAAUCUUAAUAUUGAUGAUACUGAAAACAAUAUGGUUCGAUUAAAUCCUAAUUUAGAAGGGGAGGGUAUGCUUUAUAAUAUGAAUAUAGUGGGGGAAAUUGAAUUGGUUGGAUCUUCAAAUGGGUUGGUCUGUUUAGGUGAAAAUAAUGCAAGAUAUUUCUAUUUAUAUAACCCUAUUACUAACCAAUCUCACAAAUUCUACCCUGGUGACUUUAAUUUCUGGAAUUCUUGUACAAGUGGCCCCACUACUUUCUGGGGUUUUGGGUAUGUAUCAUCUAUUGAUGACUUUAAAGUAGUCAGGAUAAUUUUAUCAUAUCAGAAUAGACGAUUUUGCAUUGCUCAUGUUUAUUCACUAAAGUCCAACAUUUGGUCCAAAGUUGAAUGUUGUAUUCAGAUAGAUGAUACGAUUACAGGUCGAGCAUAUUUAGUUAAUGAGACUUUGUAUUGGGGUUUGAUUUGAGGCCGAAGCCUCGCCUUCGAUUUGGUCCGAGACACAUUCGAAUUCUUCCCUUAUUUGGCAAUCGUUUGGCAUCGGAGCAAUGUGUUGUGUGUCAUGGGAGGGUGCUUAUCGAAAUGUAGUUCAUAUUCUGAAAAUGAAUUGAAAUUUGAGAUUUUGAAACAUCCUGGAAGGGUGGAUUCUGUUGCAUUUUCAUGUGAUUUGGAUGUCAAGGAUUGCAGAGAAUUCGUCGGGUUCACUAAGACUGGCAAAGUGUUUUACACUCGGAAUUACCCAGGGGUGUUAGGCUUGCUUGAUCAACGCUCUAAGAAAACACUUGCAACCUUCGAUGCUCGGGAGAUUCAUAUUGAUAUUCAUACUCCUACCCAAAGAUCACCUCAUCCUGCUGCUGAAUUACCCAAUGAACCACCAGAGGGGACUUGGCCGGUAUAUCAUCUACCGGAUCCGUGGCCUAGGGUUUAUCGCAUUGGCUAGAAGAUGUCCAACCGGAGAAUCCUCCUGGUCCGAACAACAUAUAUAGUCGAUCUAAGUCAUCUAGAUAAAACCAACAAGAGUUGCCUCAAGUGGUAAGCAACUUGAUGUCGCUUAAGGGAGGUCUCGGGUUCGAGCCUCACCGUAUGCAGAAACUCUUGUUGGGAGACUCACCCACCGUAAGUCAGGUGUGCUACCCGAGUCGGAUCCGGAUGUAGUCGGAGCUAAGCUCCGAGUGAACCGGGUGGGCAACCUUAGAAAAAAAAAAUAAGUCAUCUAGAUAAAGUUGAACUAUCUCUAGUUUAAUCAAACAUGAAGUUCUAUAUCGAUCUAGGCAAGUGAAGGAAGCUCAAGCAGCGUAAUGAUGGUAGCAUGAACUAAUUUUGAUGGAAGAAAGUUUGGUGCUAACAUGAAAAACUCAGAUUUAUUAGUCUAUAUGUAACUUUUUGUUUAUGCCAUGAUCCAUCAACUGCUAAAUGCUAAUGCUACAACUUGUAACUUUCGUAAUCUGUAACUUUUGCAAUGCGGUUAGCCUCCAUAACUUUAUGCUACCUCUUAGAUUAGUUAGACAUGCUAGUAAAGCUUAGAAUCUUAUGAUUACUAUUGAGUUCAUCAGGUUCAAAUUUCCAUAAUUGUUUGUCCGGUGUAAUGUGUAAUUGUGUUUAUUUGUAUACUAGUUAAAGUCCCGUGCAUUUGCACGGAUUUUAAUAAAUUACAUAGUGAAUU